AUGGUAAAAGAAAUGAGAUGGUUUGCACGACUUCUUAAAGAAACCAAUCCGCCAUUCCGAAUCGUGUUGCUGAUUUAUGGGCUCGACGAAUACAUUGGUGAUUUCGAUGAACUCCUGGAGGUUCUAUCGCCGGAAGCUGAUUUCCCUUUUGUCAAACUUAUCCUUUCCAGCCGGCCCGUUAUCCGCUGUACCGAAGAGUAUUCUCGCUACCCGAGUUUACGCCUGCAAGAUCUCACAUAUAAUGACAUCAGACAAUACGCAGAAGACAUAAUGAGAUCGAGAUUCAAAACUAUCGCACAUCCCCUUGGGUCCAGCCUGGAUCUGCUUUCAAAUGAACUCGCAAAACAGCUUCAGGAAUGUUUUGUGGGUGUUAAAAAUGGCGACCGCGAAGACGAGCUUCCGAGUGAUCUUGCCACAUUAUACGGGCAGAUGGUAGAAAAAAUACCAUCUCACUACCGUAUACAGGCAGCAAACUUGUUUAAAAUCAUGAUCCAGAGUGUCGAACAUGAGACAUGCGAAAAGCAACACUAUUCGAUUGACACACUGAUCCAAGUGUGGUCACUAAAGUGUCAUCCAACUCUUGAGGUCAUCGGAUCUUACAACACCAGAGGUCUCAUUUUUCUCCUGCUAGUCAAGACAGCAUUGGCUGUAGCACUAGACCGAUCCAGCCGUCCCCCACCUCCUGAAUACUUGGAUUAG